AUGUCAGUGUGUGAUUUGCAGAAAAAAACACAUUUAUAAAAACUAGUUAAAUAGUUAUUACAGAAUCAAGACUCAAAGGGGCAUAAUAUGCCAUUAAAAUGCCCAUCCUGGUUUCCAUACCCCUAUAAAUUUGUCAAUCUUGAGUUUGCAAAUAUUAUUGCCAAAUAACUAACAAAUAUGUUUGUGUGUGUGAUUUUUAUGGAGUUUUAAAUUUAAAUAUCUUGCUGGAAAGGUCACAAUCAGUUUGGAGUUGAGGCAGGCAAUGAAAAAACCGCCCCGAAAAAUUGAUUUCUUCAGGGUGUACAUGUAUAGUAAUGCGUUUGUAUUGGUAACUUCCGGGAGAUAACUUUGUUUAUAAUCGGCUGUUCCAAAAGUUAUUAAAAGAUUACAAUACUUUCGCUUGUUUUUUUUUUUAGCUUGUCCGAUAAGUCGCUGUUUUGACUCGAAACGUUUUGUUCCAUCAUUUUUGAGUCAUAAUUAUUUUUUGUCUGACCCCGUGCAAUCUCCACUUCAGUGCCUAUAUAUAUAUACAAUAAUGGACUUUGUCUGGCCGUUCGACGUGGCGUAUGAUUAAUCUAGGGAGAACGCUUGUUAUAUUUGAUCCAUUCUCAUAACCAUUCUACGCUUUAAGUUAGUCAACAAUAACAUUUUGUGCCGGACAGUUGAAAGUGCUCUACGAUUAAAUUGGAUCACAAACACUUAUUUAUACUCACCACUCAGGACGAAACACAAAGGGACUAGAACACAAAGUGCUGAGAAAGUGUUUAGAUACCUAAGCUGGUUGCCUAAAUCUUUUGUUAUUUUGUCCUUGAAUGAAGGACUAAAAAGUGAACAAAUUCAGGUAGUUUAUACCUACAUUUGGAGACAUUUUCAAAAGUCUACACUUAGGACUUCCUAUAAAAUAAAAAGGAUAUUACUUUGGGUAUUCAGUUCUUUUAAACACUUUGUAAUAUGCGUUUCUGUGCCAUACUAAUAUCGCUAACUCUAUUGAGUCUCGUUGGUGGCUUUCCCUCGGAACUGGAAAAUAAUUGCGAACUCUUGGAACAUGUUGAUACAGACGAUUCAUGGUUAAAUAUAUUUAACAAUAUCAGGAGAUCUUUGGAAGACGCCAUCAGUCGUGCAUCAUAUUCUGAAAAAUGUGCCUCUCAAGUGGAAUUUCUUCAAAGCUGUCUAGAUCGCGCCAAGACCAUUACUUCUACAAAAGAACAAAUGCAGUACGUCCUUGAAUUUAUUGAAUACCAAGAAAUGCACGCCAAAAGGGAACCAACACGUACUCACACUAAUUUGGGGAAAAAUAUGAUUCAUUUAUUUAAGAGAACCCUAGAUAAACUCACACACUUAAGCAGGAAACUUAUAAAUGUUUCCGAAAAACUGGAUGAUAGAUUUAGCAAAACAGUUUCUAGAAGUAGACAAUAUCUUUUUGGACAUGAAACAUAAAGUUUUUAAAUGAGA